CUGCCUGCCUGCCUAAGCAUGGCGCUUCGCGACAUGAUCGAUUUGGGCUCAGGCCUGCAAGGCCAGGAUUGGGGCGCCCUCAACUCAGAGCAGCAGAUCAAGCUCUCCCACUUCAAGAUAAACACCAGGAUUGCUAACGAGAAAUACCUUCGUGGGCACAAGGAAGUAGAAAUGCUGCUGUCAGGAUUUCUCAGGGAAGUUCUGCUGCAAAGACCAAAUAAUAUACGGGAGUUUGCUGCUGACUACUUCACCAACCCAGAACUCCCCAAGAAGAUCAAGCAGCAGAUGAUGGAGAAACUCAACGAGGCUGUCUAAGCGACACCUCGCACUCGGGCCCCUCUCGGAGGAGAAUGCAAACUCUUUGCUUUUGGACUUCCCAUCACAAAUGAACAGACCUUCUUCCCACCGCAUGCAGCCUCUUGGGAAUGGGUUGCCUGCGACUCGCUUCUGCUCAAGAGGAGCAGCUCUGAAAUCAACCUCCACCAAUUUCAGUGGGUCUCCUCAGAGCAGGAGUGAGGAGCGGACAACCCAACUCUUUUACUCUUUUGUGUUUUAGUUUAACCUCUUCUCUUCUGGGUCUGGAGGAGAGAGAAUAAAGCUGGACUUCCA